AUGUCGGGUCAGGGCGAUCCCCCGCGGACGCACUACGACAUCCUCGGCGUCGACCCGACGACGUCGACCACCGAGGACAUCAAGCACGCGUACCGGCAGAAGGCACGCGCGCUCACCACGCACCCGGACAAGAACAAGGGCGAGGACGAGGAGUUCGUCAGGGUCAAGCGCGCGUGGGAGGUCCUAUCCGACCCGGACGAGCGCAAGAAAUACGACGCGCAGCUGGCGUCGCGUCGCGUCGAGACGGUCAUCGACGAGCACCUCGACCUGAACGACCUGCAAUCGGAGGAGGGGUACUUCACGGAGGACGAGCUGGACAUGAACUACACGCCGCCGCAGCUGGGCAGGCGGCUGACGUGCAGGUACUGGCAUCCGUGCAGGUGCGGCGGGGGGUUCGAGGUCAUGGCGGACGAGCUGCACCAGGACUUUGACCACGUGGACCUGCCGUGCUUCAACUGCUCGCUGCACGUGCGAGUCACGUACGGGUGCGAGUAG